CGGAAAACAGCUGGAAGCUGCCCAGAAAAAGCUGCCAGAGGAGGGAUUUCCGGCCGCCGCCAUCUCUCGUUCCCCGGUCGUCGCCAUAAAACCCUGCCGACCCUUUGACCGUUCCUUCCACGCUACUCUUCCUAUCCAAGCAAUUACUACACGUCAAAAGCCCCACAAAACCAAACUAACCUCACAUUAAGCACAUUUCGCCAUCGAUUCUCCAUCCUUAUCAGUUAUGGCCUAAUCGCCAUCGUCACGUCCCAUCUUUUCUCCCCAAUUCCCUCAAACUAGAACACUCGUCCAUCAAGCCUUUUUACCGAAACCCAAGUCUAUAAAUCGUUCUUUCUUUUGAUUCCUCCAUCCUCAACUUACCCAAUUUCCCUAAUGUCGUCUUACGGCCGAUCAUACUCUUCCGAGUCCUAUGCGCCGUCGGCGCCUUCCUUGCCGGAAUCCUACAGUCGGCAAGAAGACGAUCGCCGUUCCUAUGGAAGCUCUCGGCCGCAGUCUAGUGGAUAUGGAGUUCACCAGAAUCAUCAGCAGCAGCAGCAGUAUCACCAGCCCCCGCCGGCGUAUGUGCAGGGGCAGGGGCAGAGCAGUUCUCCAACGGGGUACUCGGGUUUCCCGCCGGGGACCCAUCCGGAUGUGAUUAGGAGCUUUGAGAUGGUGGAUGUUGAUCGAAGCGGGUAUAUUGAUGAGAAGGAGCUGCAACGAGCUCUCUCUUCUGGGUAUCAGAGGUUUAACCUCAGGACUAUUAGGUUGCUCAUGUUUCUCUUCAAGAAUCCCCACGAUGCUCUUCGAAUUGGGCCUAAAGAAUUUGCAGCUCUCUGGAGUUGUCUCGGCCAAUGGCGGGCCAUAUAUGAUAGAUACGAUAGGGACAGGAGUGGGAAGAUUGAUCUGUUCGAACUGAGGGAUGCUCUUUACGGGCUAGGAUAUGCAGUCCCACCUUCUGUUCUUAAAAUACUCAUGUCCAAGUAUGAUGAUGGAAGUGGCAGGAAGAUUGAACUUGGUUUCGAUAGUUUUGUCGAAUGUGGACUGAUUUUGAAGGGAUUAACAGAGAAGUUCAAGGAGAAGGAUAAGCGUUAUGUAGGUCAAGCAACUUUCAACUAUGACGAGUUCAUGUCCACGGUCCUACCCUUCCUAGUGGCAUACGAUUGAUUCUGAUACCUCCACCGACGAAUUGCCAGCCCGUUUCGGAAUUCAAUUUGUUUGUUUGUUUGUUCAUUUGUUUCUUCGCAUAUAUGUAGACUAUAGUGUGUAGUUAUCUAUUCAAUUUGUACGAGAUGGACCUGUAAAAUUGAGAAGGAACUUAGCUAGUGCUCAAACAUUCUUCUCUGUACAUACAGCUUGGCUUGAAUAACAAGAAUGUUACAGAAACCUUCAACAAGACAAUUCCUAAAGAAAGACUGUGCUCUGGAGGACCUAAAACCUCCAUGGCUGUAAUUACUUGUGGAAAUUCUCAAGGGAACUUAGGCUGUGAAGGAUUGGUUGGUGGCCGCCUGACUGGCCUAAUGAGAGAUUUCGUGAACCAAGUUGUGUAAAGGAACUGCUUGUGAGGUCCGACGUGAUUGCACAUGAGCCUAAUCUUUUGCCUCUCCCGCAUCCAUCUCAGUACUAUCUUCAUGUGCCUUUUCCCUGUCAACCCUUUUAAACCAACUUCCUGGAUCUUUUCCCAGGUUUCUGAAACAAUGAGAGGGCCGUGUUCCUUCACGACGUUGAAAAUCGCUCUCGUUAUGGUCUGGGUUUGCUCGGGUGGGUCCUUCAGCUCUAUAGGUUUCAUUUUCGGCUUUGGCUUAGUUGCAAACCACCUAAUGAAAGUUCCAAACACACUCUGCUUCAUCCUUCCCAACCCCAAUGCCCAAAUCAGCUGUAAGAACACGAGAGAAUCUGUCAGGAGAAGGCUUAAUUGGUCUGGUAAUGACAAU